GCGCCGUGGUUUUUGUCCUUUUCAUUUUCACAUUCGGUGAGGUGGGGCGGCGCCCGCCCAGUGUCUCAAGCAGACGGCGGGCCCUAAAGGAACUACCAGUACCAGAGAAAACGUGGCGACGUGGGGACUUGGGCCAGGGCGGGAAUCCGCUGUGGAACUUUUUCGCUGUAGAGAUUUCGCCGGCCCCGCCUGAUUGGAAAUCGGGCCCCGCCUAAUUGGACCCGCAUCCAGUCCUUGGGAGUUAGGCAAUUGUCGAAUUCUCGACAGCCGUUCAUUCACUUGUUCUCGAAGUGAGUGCGGCCAUAGCUUGCGGAGGUAUACUAUAAUAUUCCAACACUGUAGCGUGUGAGGUACCUUCUUCCUCGUUUGUCCGCGUUGCUCCUUCUCCUCCUCUUCUCCCGCCAUCUCCACCUUGCGACUCGCUUGCCAGUGAGGUGGGGUGAAAUUGCCAUCGCCAAAGAGUGAAGUGAGCUUGUCAACGUUGGGGGUCAGCGGCAGUGGGUGAAUUGGUCCGGUCUCGUUGAGGGAAGUGGGAGGAGGAGGGCGGAAUGGCGUCUGCUGUGGCUGGAUCGAUGCGGCGGCUCGCCGCAUCAGCCCCCGCUCGCAGAGUUGCAACUCGUUCCUUUCAGACUGGAACGAAACCGAAAGCCAGCGGCGGCUAUGGGGAUGAACCAGCCUAUUUGCAUGCGGAGCAUAUGUACGAUCUUCCAUCCAUGAAGAAUAGGAAGCUGAAAAUGGGGUUGUUGGUAUUUGGAGGAUUGGGAUUUGGGAUCGCUGUUCCUCUUUUUGCGGUGGCCGUGCAGCAGCAGAAGGCCAAGGGCUGAUUACUACGGAAGAGAUAUUCGCUAGAGGGAGGCUCCCAUCUGUCCCAUGUGUUCCAUCUGUCCCGUCUGUUCCAGCUGGUGCCAUCUGUUCCAUGUGCCCCAUGUGUCCCAUGUGUCCCAUCUGUUCCAUGUGUUUCAUCUGUUCCAGCUGAGUCCUAUCUGUUCCAGCUGUGGCCCAUGUGUCCCAGCUGUGGCCUAUUUGUCCCAUCCAUUUGAUAAUCGUUCAUACAUAUAGGCUGGGCCUCCGUGCAUGCAAUUUUUUACAGAAAAAAUAGAGUCCCGAAAAUAGGUAGGUUGUGAGAGAGGGAGGGGGUGUCGGGUGGGUUUGAAUGAAAAAAAGAAAAUGCAGGAAGGGAGGGGAGGGAGGUAGAAUGGAUAUUGGUGGUUUCCCCGAUUUGGAGGAUGUUGACUUGGCGGGGACUCCAUCGAAAGCCCCUUCUGCCUUUUUCCUUGUUUUUCCUUAUGGCUGAGGUGGAUUUGGUGAACGAAAGUGACUGCACUCCUUUUGCUGCAUUGUUAUGUUCAAAGUGUUUGAAGACUGACUGGAUGAACGCAAAAGAGGGGGGGGGUGGCGGCUUUAUUGGCCUUUUUUUUGCCGUGUUCAUGGGUAGGAGGAAAAGAGUCUUCUCACUGUCUGCCCUUGAACAUGGCCUCUUUUGCCGUGGGGAAGAGGGGAAGCGGCAUGUGAAAAAGAGAUAGUAGAGACUUUCCGGCCAGAGUGUAAGGCCAAUAGUGUGAGGGUAAGGGUCUCUUCUUGUCCCCCAGCUUAUCCUCUUCCCGUGUCUAUGUCACAAUAGAUCGUGACAGCCUCCCUGCGUACACAGAAUAUCUCAGAUCCACUCACACACACACACACAGAGAAAGGGUGUAAUUGAAGUAUAAGAAAAAAAAAACUGAUGCAAUUUGUCCAAUAGUUACAUAGGGUGCUUCCACAGGUUGACAUUCAAUCCAGCCACACACACACAGACAGAGAGAGAGAGAGAGAGAGAGAGAGAGAGAGAGAGAGAGAGAGAGAGAGAGAGAGAGAGAGAGAGAGAGAGAGAGGAGGAGAGAGGCGGGGGGGAGGGGAAAGGUUGGCAGUGUUCAUAAUGGUUGAGCAAGAUGGGGAUUGACGAGGUGAUUGCGCAAGUUCUGCAACGUCCAGAUUAGGUGGCCGGGUGCAAAGUGCCCCGGCGGGCGGAAUUAUGUAAUGUGGAAAUGGUGUUUGGUCUGACAAAUGGCUGAAUAUUCCUUGAUGUAGAAUAUAUGUGAAUCGUUGAAUGCGUUUGUGAUUACUCAUACCAAGUGUGAGAGGGACAUAGGUCUGGAAUCUGGAUAUAUGAAGGCCAGCAUGUUUUUGUGUGCGUGUUUGUGGGGUGGUGCAGGGCUGAGGUGACGGGGGAGAGGGAGGGAAUGGGGGGGGAGCUUAGCUUUGAACACUGUA